AUGAUGGAGAAUCAGCCGCCAAUCACAUCACCGGAGAAGAACACAGACAAAAAACUUCAGAGAGUCCCCAGCAAUUUGGCGAGCCAGCCGCCCCUCACAUCACCGGAGAAGAACACUAACAAAAAGCUUCAAAGAGCCCCCAGCAAUUUGGUGAGCCAGCCGCCCCUCACAUCACCAGAGAAGAACAUCAACAAAAAACUUCAAAUAGCCCCCAGUAAUUUGACGAGCCAGCCGGCCUUCACAUCACGGGAGAAGAACACAGACAGAAAACUUCAAAGAGCCCUCAGCAAUUUGGCGAGCCAGCCGCCCCUCACAUCACCGGGUGGAUCCAGUAACAGAAACCCACCGCAGAGAUGUUCCCGUCCUCUGUAUUUCCAGGACUCCUCAAAGGACAACCUCAGUCCCAGUCCGAUAUAUUCCCAGGAUUCCAUACAGGAAGAUCGUAGCUCCAGUCCUCUGUGCUCACAGGAUUCCACACAGGAAAACCACAACACCCCCAACCAUUUUUCGCUUGAAAACCUGGCAAAUAUAAAAGUUGAAGAGAUAGAUGAAGAAGAAGAGAUGCUUAUAAGAAAUUAUUGGCGACGUAAAGCAGAGCAAGGUCCUGCAGAGAUUGGAGCAGACGGUCACAUGAGGAAAAUGUCAGAGGAACAUUUACUAUUAUCCGCAGACUGUCAUGUAAAAGAUGAAGAGUUUUCACAAGAUUCUCUAGAAGAACUCCCCGAUACCCCAAAUACCUUUGGAGGACUUCACAAUAGAUCCCCAGAUCUCUCUCACCCCGGGGAUGCCUCCCCCGCUAAUUUAGAUAAUGCGGAUAUGGGUCAGAGAAGCAGCAAAAUGUUUCCCUGUACCGUGUGCAGCAAAUGGUUUACCACGUAUGGAGGUCUUCUCAUGCACCAGAGACUUCACACCGGGAUAAAGCCCUUCGCCUGUUCCUUCUGUGGGAAAAGCUUCACGCAGAAAGGCAUUCUGGUCAACCACGAGAAGAUCCACCGAGGGAUAAAGCCGUUUCCUUGCUCGGUGUGCGGGAAGUGUUUCGCCAAGAAGUCCGACGUGGUGAGGCACCUGAGAGUCCACACUGGAGAGAAACCCUACCCAUGUGCCCGUUGCGGGAGGUGUUUCUCCCAAAAGUCCUCUCUCCUCAAUCAUCUUCGGCUGUACAUCUGUGAGAAGCCAUAUCCGUGCUUUAUAUGCGGGAAACGGUUCUCUCAGAGAUCGGACCUUGGUAGACAUCAGGAGAUUCACCGAAGGAAGAAGACAUCGCCGUGGUCGGAAUGAUAGGCGCUCUGGUGUCCACCAUAGUUCCUGCAUUUUACUUUCUGAAAAAGGACGAGGGAUUGGUUGUCUAAUGCAAGACGUUGGCCAUUGUAGCAAGGACCUAGACUAUUUUUAUUUCCCCCGAAAGCAGGAGAUGUUUUUCGGACAACUCAACAUUUUGUAAAACGGUUAGGGAACUCUCUAUUAUCGAUAUAGGAAGCAUAGGUCACAUUUAAAUGUAACAAUGAUUCACACGAUGAAGAAAAUGAUCAAUAAUCUGGCAGUUUCAACAUCAACCGUCAUGAAACGGCAGAACGUUUUUUUUGCUUUAGAGUGAGAAAGGAUCAGAAACGCUCAGGGUUUUUAUUGUUGCUGGUGUCCUCAUUAGUAAGAUUGUCUGUUGUGGUGAGUGCAUGGGAGUUGAAGG